AUGCCCGGAUUUAUCGGCAAGAAAUUGUGCCCAGAGCUGGAAAUCGUUCGUGGAAACUACAAGAAAUAUGGCGCGGAAAGUCGCGUCUUUUCCGGCAUCUUCGAAGAGUAUGACCCCGAGCUGAGCAUGGGCUCCCUGGAUGAGGCCUACCUGGACAUCACCGAAUAUGUGGCCGAGCGGGCUGUGCCUAAAGCAUACGCGCGGAUACGGUAUUCCGGGGAUUGUUCCUGCCGCCUGCCCCACAUCACUGUAGAUGAACUCGAGAAAGAAAUGGGCAGUAAACUUGAGGCCGCCGUUCACGCUAGAACGAAUUGCCCGAAAUGCUCAAAGGAGCGAUGGAUAGUGCAGGAUCAAGUGGAGUUUGGGAUCGGGCGUCAAGAGAUCGUACGAGAGAUCCGGUACCGUGUUGAGCAAGCAACUGGGCUGACUUGUAGCGCAGGCAAGGCAUUAUUUCCUUCAGAUAUUUUUGCUCUAGGAAUCGCGGCAAAUUUUAUGCUGGCUAAGAUUUGCUCGGAUAUGAACAAACCAAACGGGCAGUACGAUCUGCCGAAUGAACGUGAUAAAAUUAUCCAAUUUUUGAAGGAUCUGCCAAUUCGAAAGGUAAGUGGAAUCGGCGGUGUUAGCGAGUCGCAUCUCAAAGCGGCGAACAUCAACACGGUGGGCGAGAUGUGGGAGCGGCGGGCGAUAUUGCCAGCUAUUUUCUCCCCUCAUUCCGUAGAGGGCUUCCUACGUGUCUCCAUGGGCCUACAAAGAGCUUCAUCGGGGCCAUCUGAUGAUCGGAGAAAGUCAAUUUCCGUGGAGUCGACUUUCCAUCCAACUGACGACAAGGCAAAACUAUUGGAGAAGCUGCGCGAGCUCAGCGACGACUUGGCUAGCCAGCUGGAGAGGGCCCAGAUUCGGGGAGGCUUUAAUGUUGCUGUGAAGAUUAAAUUGGCGACUUUCGAUGUAAUGACGAGGGCGCAUACGGUCGAUAAAUUGACAAAUUCAGCUGAUGAUAUUUUUAUUACGGCAGAGAAGAUUUUGAAAAAAGAGCUUGGCCCGGAGAUUCGAUUGCUUGGGGUCAGAUUAUCGAAACUUGAAUUUCUCGAUGAUGACACGCCGAAGAAAACCCGCAUAGAUCAAUAUUUGACGGCAAAAAAUCAGACUGAGCCCGAGACAAGCAAGAAGCAGCGACAUGCGAGUGAUUCGGAAGAUCUCUUCAGUUCAGAUGGAGAUGAGAAGCCGGUUGCCCGAUGCCCGCUAUGCAACAAGAUAUUACCGGUGGAUGAUGAGCGCGAGGUGAAUUCACACUUGGACGAGUGUCUCAACGCUGAUUUAAUUGGGUCGUUGAAGCCUGGGACUUCGUUAACUGCGAAACCAGUGGCAUCCACAAAAGCCACGAAACGGAAGCAGCCAGAGCGCAACACACAAAGCCAGGCUGCCAAAAAAACAAAAGCACCGGUCGGCAAUAUUAAAAAAUUCCUGCGAAAUACAAAGGAA